AUGAAGAAGAGCACCAUGUCUCCGGUAAUUGUCGACGAGAAAGACGAAGCCAAAAGCUUUAGAGUGGAGAAAGUUGGAGCUUCCAGGUCUCAUGCUAUGGAAAAUGGCAAAGAGGAAGCACCAAAGAAUAAGCUAGAGAGGAAGUCAACUGAAGACAUCAACGAAAGCGCAGAGGCGUUCAUCAAGAAGUUCAGGAAGCAGCUUUUGAUCCAAAGGCUUGAGUCGAUUGAGAAUUAUGAGCAAAUGCUUGCAAGGGGCCUCUAA